AUGAAUGACGUGGACGUGGAGUUCAUGCCAUUUUAUUUCUGGACAUGCAUGUCGUGCUCCCUCUUCACCGUCCUAGUUGCGGUCUUCGACUUGUGUGCUCUCAUGAAGCACGUCACUAUGUUCAGCGAAGACAUUUUCGCUGGAUUGAUUUCGCUCAUCUUUAUCAUCGAUGGAGCCCGGCCGAUCAUCGAGAAUUUCACGGAAAGCAGGCUGACGCUGACGAACUGCAUGUUUGAAGCUCUCUUGUUCAUCUGGACAUUUGGCUUAGCGACAUACUUGUCCAGCUUCCGCCGAAGCCCUUGGACCUUCCGUUUUGUUCGCAACUUUGCGGCCAAUUUCGCAGUGACCAUCGCUUUGGUUAGUGGCUCCGCAUUGGCCGCCAUUUACUCCAACGACACAGGCCUGAGAAUGUUGCAGGUGGAUGCAGACUUCUCGCCGAAUUUGAGCUUGUCCGAUGGCAGCAAGCGGCCGUGGAUCAUUAAUCCCGCCGGCAUGGACCGCCCCUUCCCAGCUUGGGGUAUUGCUUAUGCAAUCCUCCCGGCGAUUGGCUUCGCAGUCUUGGGUUACCUCGAUCAAAAUCUCACCUCUGUGAUCGUGAACAGGCCCUCCAACAAUCUGAAAAAGCCGGCUGCUUAUCACCUUGACUUGUUUGUUCGCGGAGCACUCACGCUGCCUGUGUGCGCUGUGCUGGGCCUACCUUUGUCCGUGGCCUCCACGGUGCCGAGCAUCACCCACGUGAUCUCGUUGACCACCUACGAAGUGAAGCAACUUCCGGAAGGUGAACGCAAGGUGCCUACGAAGGUGGUGGAGCAGCGUGCUACCAAUUUCUUGAUUCACGUGCUUAUAGGCUCAGCACUCUUCCUGGCACCAGUGCUGAAGUUCCUGCCACGGGCCGUGCUGCAGGGCGUGUUUUUCUACAUGGGAAUCGCGAGCCUGACCGGCAACAACCUCUUCGACCGGCUGAAGUUGUGGCUCAUCUGGGACCCGGCCAAGUACCCGCAGUACCACUACAUCCAGAAGCUGCCCAUCAGUCGAGUGCACCUGUAUACCGUCGUCCAGGUCAUCUGUCUUAGAAUUCUGUAUGGGUUGAAAGCUAUUAAGGAAACAUCCGUGGUGUUCCCUUUCUUCAUGGCCUCUCUGGCCAUCAUCCGCAAGGCCAUGAGGUUCAUGUUCACCGAGGAUGAACUGAAGCAGCUGGACGGCCUUCCAGGUGAGGAUGAGGAGGAGGAUGCCGCGAUGUCGAAGCCGGACAUCGUGAACUUGGACGUGAAAGAGGCCGCUUAG